AUGCCAGAAAUCGUGACGUUUAUGGGUGCUGGCACCGACGAUGCUCCUGCAAUGUUGAUGGACGUACCAGCGGAAUAUCGCAGAACAGCGAACCCUGUGAUGCUGAAGAUGUUUUUCGUGGAGGACACUGACAAUGUUACUGAGCAAUGCCCUCAUGAUAGUGAGCGCGUGGAGUCCAUGGGGAACAGCACCGCGUCGUACCAGGUUGAGAAUAACACGUUCGCAGUUUCAGCGCAAAGCCCAAACACGUUCAUGGGCAUGGCCUUCGACUUCGACAGCGAGGCACCUGUUGGUCACACCCUGGCCUUCGAGAUCCCUUCUGGGACGGAGAUCGUCUGGGUGAGCCGUGAAGAGAUGGUCGAGGUGCUCCAAUCGCAGGAGAUGCCGGCUUCCCUCGAGAGGCGCCUAGAGGCGCAGUUACGCAAAGCUUCGUUGGCCAAGGGGAUGGAUGGCGCGCUCACGCAGAAGGGAAGCAGGCGGCGCAGGCGGCGCAGGGCGAGGUGCACCGGUGGACAGAUUGGGUCCAUGGCAGGAGGUGCCGCCGCCGUGGGCGUCGCUUUUUUGCUCUGCGCGUUUACUUUCAUAGGCUGCUUCACGGCGUCGCCGUUCUUAAUGUUUGCUGGGGCAGCGAUGGUGAAAAGCGGUGCUUGCCAGUGUUGGGCUAACGGAAAUGUUGGGCAGACCGCCUGCGCGUUGCGGUGA